AUGGGUUUAUACCAGAAGCUACCAGCGGAUAUUAAGGAGGUGGAUAUAAUCAUCGCUGGAGGUGGGACAGCUGGGUGUAUCGUAGCCGGACGGUUGACCGAAGCUGAUCCGGGGCUCUCGAUUCUAGUCAUUGAGGGUGGCCAGGAGAACUACGAUAACCCCAAGGUAGUAACGCCGGCACUUUAUCCCUUGAAUUUUCAACCGGAUUCCGAAACAGCAAUUUUCUACAAGUCAGCUAAGUCAAAACUCAUUGCCAAUCGGGAAUAUAUCGUCCCUUCAGGGGGUACUCUGGGUGGAGGUUCCUCUAUGAAUUUCUUGAUGUACACGCGAGCUCAGCGCGAUGACUACGAUUCGUGGAAUACCCCCGGUUGGACGACGGACGAACUGUGGCCAUACCUAAAGAAGAUAGAGACUUACCACGGGCCGGGAAAUCCAGAACAUCAUGGCUUUAGUGGUCCAAUCCAAGUAUCCGAUGGGCCCUUCCGUGGUAAGACUAUAGAAGACGACUGGCUGCGUGCCGCAGAACAGGUCGGGUAUCCGGAGAUAAAAGAUCUCCAAUCACUAGAUACUAACAACGGCUUUCAACGCUGGCUCAAAUACGCUACUCCCGAAGGAAAGCGUUCGGACGUCGCUCGCGGGUAUAUACAUCCUCGGCUGCGUGAUGGUAAACAUCCUAACUUGCAUGUUCUGGUAGAGCACAAUGUAGUACGUGUUCUGUUUGACGAGAAUAAACGAGCCUGUGGAGUAGAGUUUACACCCAACACACGAUUCCAAGCCCUGGUAAACGGCUCGGUAUCACGUCCCAAACAGACAGUCCGAGCCCGAAAGCUCGUUAUCGUGUCAUGUGGUGCCUGCGGUACGCCUCCCGUACUAGAACGUUCCGGAAUCGGAUCCAGGGAUAUACUGGAUCGAGCCGGUGUUCCCAUCGUCCAAGAGCUUCCCGGGGUCGGGUCUGGUUACCAGGAUCAUUUGAAAGUGCCUUCCGUAUUUAAGACAUCUCUAUCCCAGGACGAAACAGCUGACGCUUUGUUGAGUGGACGAUUGUCUUUCAAAGACGCAAUCGCCCAGGAACACCCGCAUCUUGGGUGGAAUUACGUAGAUCUUGCCUCCAAGAUUAGGCCGACAGAUGCUGAAGCCGUAGCUUUAGGACCCGAGUUCCAGGCUUCGUGGGAAAGGGACUUCAAAAACCGGCCUAAUAGACCACUCAUAGUGAUGGUUGUCGUUAGCGGAUUAUAUGGGGACAACUCUUCAGUAUUGCCCACUGGUCAAUUCGUGAGCAUCUUGCCCUUCACAACCUACUCCUAUUCGCGGGGUCAUAUGCACAUCACAGGCCCCGAAGUUGGCGAUGCACUCGAUUUCAACACAGGUUUCUUCAACGACGAAAAUGACAUAGACCUUAAGAAGUUAAUUUGGUCGUACAAGAAGGGUCGCGAAAUCAUGCGACGGACUUCUAUGUAUCGUGGUGAACAUCCGCCCUGUCAUCCUCGGUUCCCUGAGGGCUCCAAGGCAGCCCUCAUUGAGGAGUGGAAUCAACCUGUUGAGGGAGCCCCGAUUGUCGACCUAGAGUACUCAGCAGAGGAUGAUGCAGCGAUCGAGCAGUACGUCCGGGAGCGUGUUGAAACUUCCUGGCACUCGCUGGGCACGGCUAAGAUGGCGCCGCAGGAUAAGAUGGGCGUCGUGGAUAAGAACUUAAACGUGCACGGUGUACACGGACUUAAAGUGGUAGAUAUGAGUAUCGCACCAGAGAAUGUUGGCGCAAAUACCGCCAAUACUGCAAUGGUAAUUGGGGAGAGAGCAGCAGAUAUUAUUGCUAAGGAACUCGGAUUAGUUCUUAACUAA